AUGAAGCUGUCAAAUUCCGCCAAUGUCCCUGUGUACACGAUAUCCGGUUCCUCCACCGCACGGCCACUUCCAGAAUGGCUUGCUAGAAGGCGAAAACGGAGUCUCAAAAAGGACCCGGAGUACGCGAACAGAGUUGAGCUGCUACAGGACUUCGAGUUCGAGGAAGCGAGCCAAUGUAUCCGUGUCAGUGAGGAUGGGCAAUGGGUCAUGAGUACCGGCACCUACAAACCUCAGAUUCAUACCCAUUACCUGCCGCAUCUGUCUCUUUCUUUCUCUCGCCACACCGUUUCAUUGAAUACAACAUUCCUGCUACUAUCGUCAGAUUACUCGAAAUCGUUGCAUCUGCAGUCUGAUCGAUCACUUGAGUUUCAUACCCCUUCAGGCUGCCAUUACACCACACGAUUGCCAAGAUAUGGUCGUGAUUUGAUAUACGACAGACAGUCCACCGAGGCUCUUAUUCCAUCUGUCGGUGUGAAUCGAGAUGGCGUGGGUGAAGUAUAUAGAUUGAAUUUGGAACAAGGACGUUACAUGAAAGCAUAUGAAGUUGAGGUUGGUGGAGAUGAUUUUACUUCGAUGGGUGGUGGCGCGCUUCAAGGAGGAAUCAACACCGGAAGCGUGAAUACUGCUGCCAUUGCUGAGGAGAGCCAUAACCUCCUCGCAUUUGGCACGUCUAUUGGAACAGUGGAGUUAUGGGACCCCAGGGCUAGAGCAAGGGCUGGCAUCUUGCUUCCACCUUCCGAUACUCAACUUGAAGAUACCAAAUCGCAAAUCACCGCUCUAGAAUUCCAUCGAUCUGGAUUGACGCUUGCUAUUGGAUCUUCGCAAGGCCUUAUACACCUGUUUGACCUCCGAUCUCCUACUCCGCUCUUGAAAAAGGAUCAAGGAUACGGAUACCCUAUUCAUACAAUAAACUUCCUCACUCCAACGAUCACAACACGUGACCAGACGACAGAGCCCAAAAUUCUCUCCUCAGACAAGAGGAUUAUUAAGAUCUGGGACGCGCGGGAUGGAAAACCUUGGACGUCCGUGGAACCCGCAGUUGACAUCAACAGCAUAGCCUGGUGCAAAGAUAGUGGCAUGAUUUUGACUGCUAACGAAGGGCGACAGCAACAUGCAUUUUUCAUCCCCCAACUUGGACCUGCUCCGAAAUGGUGUGCCUUCCUGGAUAAUAUUGUGGAAGAAAUGGCUGAGGAUCCCAAUGAUCCCCAGGCUUUCGCUGGCCAAGCCGGGUCGGUCUACGACAAUUUUAAAUUUUUGACAGUUCCGCAAUUGCGAAGCCUGAAUCUGGAUCACUUGAUUGGCAGAACCACACUCUUGAGACCCUAUAUGCAUGGAUACUUUGUUGCGCAAAGACUCUAUGAAGAAGCCCGAUUAAUUUCUAAUCCAUUUGUUUGGGAAGAGGAGAGAGCUAUGAGAGUGAAGGAGAAGAUUGACCAAGAACGGGAAAGCCGGAUCCGGGGCAAGAAGGAGAUUACGGUGAAGGUCAAUAAGAAACUUGCGAAGAAAAUUAUUGAAAAAGAAGACAGGAAUGAGCGACGACGUGCUCAGCGUGUUUUGGAGCGCGGGGGAGACAAUGAAAUGGCCGACGUUGGCAAGGCUGAAACUGCCCCAAGUCGCCUGGAUACUCUACUCAAUGAUUCUCGAUUCUCCAAGCUGUUCGAGGAUGAAGACUUCGCUGUUGAUGAAACAUCAAAGGAGUUCCGGGACCUGAAUCCAAGUACCGCGCCCGCCACUACGACAAGGCCAGAGCGAGGCUUAACUGCAGUCGAAAAGGAGGCUAUCGACGAAUUGCCCGGAUCUAGUUCUGAAGAAGAGUCCUCGAGCGAAGAUGAAAAACCUGUCAAAGCUAAGGCCUCUGGCCGAAUAUCUACAGUCUCCUACAAAAAGAAUAAACGCCCCCCACCACGAAUGCAGAUAUCAUCGUCAUCUAAGGCUACUCAGGUCCGUGAUAGGUCGUUUGAAUCAAGAGUUCAUAAAUCGCGGACGAGAGAUCGUCCAUCGAAAAGUGGCGCAGUCGGAGAGAAAACGGUUACAUUUGUGCCACAAUCCAAGUCUCGUUUGAAACCUGCAUUUAUGCCUGAAAACAACGGAACCUCAAAAGCGCCCAAGGAUCGCAGAAGUGCAUCAGGAAACACAUUCCGGAAAAUGUAA